AUGACAAAGGUCAGGGACAAAAGUGAAUUGGGAAAUUUUUUUGGAAGCAUCAAUGAGAAGUACUUCCCUGACUUUGUACGGGAAAGAAAGGAAGUGGAGUUCAUUGAGCUGCAACAAGGAAACUUGUCAGUGGAGCAAUAUGCAGCCAAGUUUGCUGAAUUAUCGAGAUAUGCACCACACAUCAUCAAUACUGCAGCGCCAAAGGUAGAUCUGAAGGCCACAAGGUUUAGAGAUUUGAAGAGAAAAUUGAAGAGGGUGAUAAGUGGCGUCAGUAAUGAGGUUAAAAUUAUGGCCCUAAUUGACCACAUCCAACGGCUUAGCGUCGCCUACCACUUUGAGAUGGAAAUUGAAGCGGCUCUUGGUGGCAUUUACAGAGGUUUUUCUACACAUGGUUCUGAUGACAAUCUCUUGGUUGCUUAUCUAAAAUUUCGACUCCUUAGACAACAUGGAUAUAAUGUGUCAUCGAAUGUAUUUAACAAAUUCAAGGAUGGCAAUGGGAAUUUCAAACCCAGUUUGAGCGAAGAUUUUAUUGGUAUGUUGAACCUCUAUGAAGCUUCACACCUUAGAAUACAAGGGGAAGAUAUCAUGGAUGAAGCUCUAGGAUUCUGUGUCGAGCAUCUCAGCACAUCAAUGCACCGCAUAGAACCUAAUAUCGUAAAAAUAGUGAAGCAUGCCCUCAAGCUUCCAUUACACUUCCGAACCCCUAGGUUAGAGACCAGGCAUUACAUUGAGGUUUACAAAGAAGAUCCUCAGAGGAACCAAGAUUUAUUGGAGUUCGCCCAAAGAGACUUCAAUAUGGUGCAAUCCUUGUAUAGGGGAGAGCUGAAAGAGGUUUCAAGGUGGUGGCUGGAGUUGGAUAUGGCAAAGGAGCUUGCAUUUGCUCCAGAUCAAAUACACCACUGGUUUAUGUGGCCUGUUGCAAUCGUCCCUGAGCCUAAGUAUUCAGAGUGCAGAGUUGAUAUGACCAAAGUCAUUUCCUUCAUCUACCUGAUAGACGAUAUCUACGACGUGUACGGAUCCAUGGAUGAACUAGAACUCUUUACCCAAGCAAUUACAAGGUGGGAUUUAAGCGAAAUCCAUGGUUUUCCCAAGUACAUGAACGUCUGCUAUUUAGCUUUACAUGGUGUCACACGAGAUAUUGCUCGAAAGAUACACAAGAAUCAUGGAUUCGAUAUCACAGACUACCUAAGACAAGCGUGGACCUCAUUAUGCGAACCCGAUUUAGUUCAAGCAAAAUGGUUCCGAUCUGGGCAAGUGCCAAGAGCAAAGGAGUACUUGAAAAAUGCAGUGACGAGUACAGGUGUGCAUGUUGUCUUGAUUCACACGUAUUUCCUGAUGGGGCACAAAGUAACAAGGGAGACUGCUCGACUCAUAAGCAAUGACCCUCAAUUCAUUCGCUGCCCAGCAACCAUUCAGCGGCUUUGGGAUGACUUGUCUACUUCAAUGGAGGAAAGAGAUGGAGGGGAUGAUGCCUCUUACAUAGAAUCAUACAUGAAGGAACAUGAAGAUGAAUCAGAAGAGAGUGCUCGAGAACACACUACAAAUCUCAUUAUAACAAUGUGGAAGAGACGAAUCCAUGAGAGUCUCAAGCCAAACCCCUUUCAACAUUCCUUCACCAUCUCAGUGUUGAACAUCUCUAGAAUCGCCCAAGUCGUUUACCAAACUCAAGAGGAUUCGACCGUGAAGGAUCACAUGAAGUCAUUACUCCUGGAUCCCAUUUCCCUCUCCCUUGACAGUUAGGCCACCCCUCCAAAUAUGCCUUCAAUCUUGUAAACCUAAAUGAAAACCCGUGUUUAUUUUUAUUUUAUUUUUUUAUUUUGACGUUAUAUUGUGGCAUCCACCCUCCUAAGCAUU